AUGGGCUGCUAUCGACCCAAGUACCCCUCUGCAACCUAUCAGCCCGAACACCGCCGCCCGAUCCCUCGAGCCCGCCCUCGCUCUCCCGUCCGUCGUCGCCAACCAUCCACUCCACCCCACAAGCCCGCGCAGUCACCUUGGUCCUUCAACACCAAGACCCGCGUUAUUCUCUGGGACAAGCGCCCCUUGGAUCCGUGGGAGCGCGAACUCGCACUCCUAGCAACUCGAUAUCCUGAUUGCUUUGAUCCGGCCGUCAGCCAGCGUGGGGUCAGUAGGAAGCGUCGACCGGAGUUCACGGAAGAGGAGUGGAAGUUGCUGGAGGUGGUAAAGAGGUGGCCGUUGGAUCUGGAAAAGUGUGAGGGAGUGGAUAAAGAGAGGAGGUUCUAUUUGAAGUACUCUGAGCUUGAGCUUGGAAGUGAAAUGAGGACUGAGGGAGGUCUGGAGCGUGCUGAUGUGCCUGAGACGGAUAUGAUGGAUCAAUCUUCACACAUAGCAGACGCAGUGGCGUCCACCUCGACUUCAACCGCAAAGCCUGAAUCGGAAUCGCCCUCCAUGCUCCCUUCCAACGGCAUCCCGUGGUCCCACGACCCUCGCACAGGUAACGUCUUUGCCAACGGCACACGCCUGACCUGCUUCGAGCAAAUCUUGCAACCCAAGCGCCAAGCCCUCCCCAAGAUACACAUGGAUCGCGCGCCGUGGAGCGUUGAUAAAGCAGCGAGGGUGGCCUCGGUGGAUGGGGAGGUAUUGACGAAGUUUGAGAGGGAGUUGGUGGUUAGGGCGAGUAUAUAUCCGUCGCAGUUCAAGAAGACGGGAGAGUACAAGGUUGGAGGGAAGAUGACGGGUUGGGAGAGGAAUUUGGUUAGGGCGGCGAGGAAGUGGCCGAUGGCAACUGAUAUGCAGGAUAUCGAAGAGUUGAGGGCUAAGGCGAGGGAGAGGGAUAUGGAAUUUGAGAAGGACGAGGACGAGGAGAAAGAGAAGAAGGCGGACCAGGAUGAGAAUGUGGAGAUGGAAGACGUUGGGGAGGUCGUGAAGGAAGCUGACCAGGAAUCCGCCAAACAGCCUGUCAAGGAGACCCAGGACGAAGCAGCCAAAGCGCCCACCAAAGCCACCUCCAAACCCACGCUCAAAGAGACCCAGACACCAAAUCUCAGCAAGUCCAAAUGGGCUACAGGAAAGGCCGACCGCCACACCCAUCACACCACCUUCAAUCCCAACCCACGCCCAUCCGCAGCUUCACGCAGUCACCUCCCUCCCCACCAUUACGCUCCAACCCAAUCCUUCCCGCAGCUCAAGAAACGCAUCCUCUCCAACGCCCACGCCUACUUCUCUCACCGCUACCCACAAGCCGAGCGCUUCGACGUCAUCACCUCGAGCAGCACGCCACGCAAUCUAGCCAGCACGCAGUGGCGCGCCGCACUAAUCGUGUACCCCGACCCUCGCAAGAAGGAGUGGAAGAUACUUUAUCGGAGUAACGUGUGCCCGACCGUAGAAGAUGCGGCUUUUGAAAUUGCGUUUUGGGUGGAGGAGGAUUUAGGGGAUGUGCUUGAAGGCAUGAGGGAGGGGCAGAUGUGGAGAGAGGGCGAUAGUGAGAAUCUGGAGGAUAGGAGGCGGGGGGAGGGAGAAGCCUCCGCCUGCGCCGCUGUCAAAGACGGCUACCGCGAUGGCGAAGAAUCAGACGACAACUUCGAGUACGCCUGCUACUCAGAAGAUUACUUCGACUCCUGCAACUGCUACUCAGAAGGUUACUCCAGCGCCGAAGCCAGCUCCAGCUCCUGUACCCACUACUCAGAAGGCCACUCCAGCGUCUACACGAGCUCCAGCUCCAGCUCCAGCUCCACCCUCGGCGUCUCAAUCACUCCAACGACACUUCCCGGCCCCUCGACUCUCAAGCGCAAAUCCCGGACCGUCGACGACGGCGACGACGAUGACGCAGAAGUCAACAAGCGCGCUAAGACCUCAGAUGGUGAACCUGUGAUGGUCGUCGGCGGUGCGAACCUCGCAGAUCUCAUGGGCGACGAGGAUGCUGCUGCAUAUUCGUCGCUGUUCGGUGGUGAUGUAGCUAGUGGUGGGAACGAGUAG